UCUGCCCAAUGGAUCAUCAUAAUCAUCAUAAUCUCCAGGGUAAUAAUCCCACAGCCAUCGCUUCCGAUUUCCCCAUCGCGGUCAAUGGAAUCAUUUAGACAUAAAUCACACGACACAAUCCAAUAAUCUAUCGCUCUUGUUUUUUGAUAAAACAAUUGAAUUAUGUAGUCAUUUGAACACUUAGCACUAACCAGCUAUUGUAAUCAGGAGUCAAGUGAGAGGCGGGAUAAUUGAGUUUCGGUGUAUUCGGUAUGCUGGUCAGCUACUGAUGUGUUGUAGAUUAUCAAUGAGUUGGUAUUCAGACGAGACUACUUGUUGGCAUUUGAAUGUUCGAGUGACAUACCAGAUAGCAUUGGUGCCCAAAACUCAAAGGAAGUAAUCAACUGGAUGUGAUGCAGUGAGUGCUAACUAAUGAGACACAAGUAUCUAAUAUGAGUGUUAUGACUGACGUUGUGCAUAAUGUUCUUAAACAUUUUGAAGUGCUCAGACAGACGUUGUGACUGUUAGGAAACGGAGCUGGGAUGUGUUUCAUUGCAUUUGUUUUUGUCAAUGUACACAUAAUGAUAUAUGUGCAAUUGUUUGUUUCUAUGAAUGUGAAAAACGUAAUUUAGAGGGAGAAUGACUUUCGAUGAUACAGAGGGUUGUACAACAAUCAAUCAAGAAGAGGGGAAUAAAGAGAACAUGACGUUGAUUGCUCCACCGUUAUCAUCAUAUUCAACACCAGCAACAACAUCGACGAAGCCAAUUGUUAAUACUAUUUACAAUAAUCCAUUCGGUGGAGGAAUGAAUUCCUGUCGUCAUCAUCAUCAUCAUGAGAAGGAUGGUCUGCGUUUAAUGAGCUAUGAAUCCAAUGCAGAAUGGCAAUUGAAAUCUGACAGUAUUGUAACCGAUAACAAUAGAAUAUGGAAAGGAUAUGACGAUUUCAAUCGAAGCCUCAAUAUACAA